GAAUCGGUGUUUUUAGAUCCAUAUUUUGAUCUUGUUUUUCUUCGAUCUGUGAUAAUUUGAUUCUGAUUCUGUCACAUGAUAUGAUUUUUUGUUGCAGAAUCCUAAGCUAUGGAAAAAUCUUACCCAACAUCAGUGCUGAAUACCAGAAAGCCAUUGAGAAGGUGAAGAUAAAGCUCAGAGGUUUCAUCGUUGCAGAUUUAUAUCCCAUUGAAGCGAGAAGUAAUAUGCAAAAAAUCAUGGGCUCUCCAACAGACACUACAAGAUAGCCUUUUUGCACUUCCACUUGUUUGCUAGAUGAUGAUUGUCUAAUACCACGACUAAAAGCAGCGGACAACCUGUUCUCCACCGAGUCAAUUUUUUCAAUCCCAACCGAGUUAACUCCAUAACACCAAGUACUUCCAACUUAAAAACCUAACUCCAAUUCCAUUCACCAAUGGAAGAGUUAAAGGUUUCAGAAGCUAGUUUAAUAGUUUACAUUCAUCCUUCUAAAAGCAAUCAAGUUUCAAAAGAUGUUCCUCGUGAACUCAGUUCUUUGCUUUUCACGUACAGUGAUAUAUUCGACGGUGUCGUUUUGGCUUAUGAUAUUAACUCGUUAUACAAAUGCGCAAAGAUUCUUCCCGGUGUUUGUCCUUAUUUCGGUGUUAAUCUGAAGGUCAAUAUGUUGCUUUUUUCUCCCAAGCCAAAUAUGCUUUUAGAAGGAAAGGUAGAGAAAAUUACACAUGAUUCGAUUCAUGUUGUUGUGCUUGGGUUUUCUGCUGCGAUUAUAGCCGAGAAAGAUAUCAGGGCAGAGUUCGUAAUGAAACACGAUAAAGGAGUGUAUGCAAGCAAAUCUCACAAGCGACACGUGAUAAAGAAAGAGACCAUGAUUCGAUUUAUGGUGAAGAGCUUUGAUGAAGAAACACUUCAGGUUUAUGGAUCUCUGAUUCCAGAUAAUGUAACACCCUAA